AACUUGUUCAGUCCUAAAUUAAACACUGAGUGAGUCGCACUGAAUGCAGCUCAGUCACUCACAUGAGUUUACAGGUAUUUUUAGAACGGAGACAGGCAUAAACACAACUGACACUUUUACGAACGGCAGAGGACUGCAACCAGCAUGCCUGUAGAAACACUAUCAAUCAGAAACCGCUCUGCCAUUGGGCGCUUUCCGACCGGUACUCUUGCGCUGGAGGAUCCAGAUAAGGUGAAGCCAGACAAAAAGUGGACAUGUAGCACAUGGGUUCGGCAGUGCUGCCAGAGCUGCUGCUGCUGGCACAAAAAAGCUGAUGUAGAUGGCACAGAUACCACAAAUGAUACAGGCAGCAUUGGGAUGAAAGAUGCUUUACUAGUGGUAUGUUCCAUAGACCUUCUCAAAUCCAACAAAGAACAGAACCGACUGGAGCAUCACACGGAUCGCUACCGCAACGAAAACCUCAUCAUUCGCAGAGGCCAGACAUUUCAGAUGCUGAUUGAGCUCUCACGAGCUUUCAACCCGAAGACAGAUAAACUUCACUUAGAUCUGAAACUAGGUAAUCUCCCAGAUGUAUCCAAAGGCACACAUGUGAUUGUUUCUUUGGUUGAGGAUCUGCAGGAUAACUGCUGGGAGGCCAAGAUAGUUGAACAGAAAGGCAAAAGAAUAAAGCUGUCGGUCAACUCUCCGCCAACUGCUGCUAUUGGCAAAUACAAGUUCUGUGUUGCAACAUCUUCACCAAUGGGCGAGGCCAUGUCCCCGUAUAGUCCUGACAACGACAUCUACAUGCUGUUCAACCCCUGGUGUGAAGAUGACUCUGUGUACAUGGAUAAUGAGGAAGAGAGGAAAGAGUUUGUUUUAAAUGACAUGGGUAUAAUCUAUUAUGGAACUGACAGCCAGAUCGGAGACAGGCCAUGGAAUUUUGGCCAGUUUGAUAAGGACAUUCUUCCUGCAUGUCUGUUUUUGCUGGAGCGCAGUGGAGCCCCAGCCUCAGGAUGGGGAGAUCCUAUCAAUGUGGUCAGGCUUUUGUCUGCAAUGAUUAACUCUCCUGAUGACAGCGGUGUGUUGGCAGGCAACUGGUCGGGUACAUAUGAUGAUGGCACAGCCCCCACAUUCUGGAGCGGUAGCAGUGACAUUCUGAAACAGUACUAUGAAAGUGGAGGAACACCAGUUAGAUAUGGACAGUGUUGGGUCUUCUCUGGGGUUACCACCUCAGUGAUGAGGUGUUUGGGGAUUCCAACCCGUUGUGUUACAAAUUUCGAGUCUGCUCAUGACACAGAUGUUUCCUUGACAACAGAUGUGUAUUUAGAUGAGAACUAUGAACCGAUUGAGGAGCUCAAUCAAGAUUCUGUCUGGAACUUCCACGUGUGGAAUGACUGCUGGAUGGCCCGUCCAGACCUUCCCGAGGGUUUGGGGGGCUGGCAAGUAGUAGAUGCCACCCCUCAAGAGACCAGCCAGGGCGUAUUUCGCUGUGGCCCUGCUUCAGUCAGAGCUGUCCGGAAUGGACAGGUUUACCUCAAGCAUGACACACCAUUUGUAUUUGCAGAGGUGAAUAGUGAUAAAGUCUACUGGCAGAGAACUGCUGAUGGCACCUUCACUCCUGUCCAAGUCAAGAAGAAAGCAAUAGGUCGCUGUAUCAGCACUAAAGCAGUUGGCUCUGAUGACCGUGAGGACAUCACACACCUCUACAAAUACCCAGAAGAUUCAGAGGAAGAGCGUAUUGCUGUGGAAACAGCCUGUAAGUAUGGCUCUAAAGCAGGGAUCUACGAUGUCUCCACUGUUAACGAUGUCACCAUCUACAUCACCAUGGAUGGAGAAGAGCCUCAGCUUGGUGCAGAUACUAAACUGGCCAUUGUGGUAAAGAACACAAGCUCAGAAGUGCGCACUUUCAACCUACAUGGCCAGGUGGUUGUUAUGUACUAUACUGGGGUGUAUAAAGCUACAGUGAAGAAAGACCAGAUACCUGUCGAGCUCCAACCCAAUGAAGAUGAGACUGUGGAGUGGUGUCUGCGCUAUGAUGAUUAUAAAAACCAGCUGGUGGACCAGGCCAUGCUGAUGCUCACAGUCACUGGACGCGUCAAUGAGACCAAACAGGUUCUGGCUACCCAGUUUCGUUUCAGGCUGCGCGCAUCAGACCUAGUCAUCAAACCUGAAGGGGACGCUGUAGUUGGCAAAGAGAUGAAGGUUACUGUUGAUUUCCGGAACCCACUUAAGCAAACAUUGAAGAAUGUGAAGUUUCGCUUUGAAGGACUGGGGCUGCAGAGUGGCAGGGAGGUUUCCUACGGAAAUAUAAAUAGCUUGGCCACGGUGACACUGACAGAGACAUUUGUUCCUUUGGAGGCUGGGCCACAGAAACUUCUAGUGUCACUCGACUGCCGUCAGCUACCUCAGGUGCAUGGAAGCGCCGACAUCAUUGUCAAACCAAUGUGAGACUUAUUUUUAAGAGGAGAAAGAUGCACUGCACUGGAACUUCAGUGGUUCUGAAUUUCAUUAGGAAAAUCUCUAUCUAGGACAUUAUUUUCUUAGCCAUGUCUGAAGGGUUAUUUUUAUUUUAGUAAACACCUUGAAAAUGUGGGUCCUCUUGCUCCAGAAUCUCAAGGUGUUGCAUUAUACUUUAAAUAUAUGAGAUCAAAUACAGCUGUAUUUAUUUUUGUUACAUAAACCAAAAUGUCUGUAUAAACUAUUGUUGCUUUAAAACAUUGCUUUUUAUGUAGAAUUUAUCAUUUUAUAUUUUUCUUUCAGAAUACAAUUGUCCAGAUAUUUUUGAUCAUUCAUAAAUAUUUAAGUCGUAACAACCAUGUUGUCUGACAUCUGACAAAAUGCCAAAGGACUGUUUUGCAUCUAAUACACACCUUCAAAUGCAUUUCUACAUCACAUGACAUCUUGGUUUCGGCGAUAGGUUUUGUCAACCAUGUCUGAUAUUUAUAUGAACAUGUUUUUGAGGCAUGUAAAUAUAAUACUUGUACAUACAGAAAUAUAUUUAGGUAAUAUAUUUCUAUUAGUUUCGUAGGUAUUAUCUCACAUUUCAUAGGAUUUGUAUUUGUUGUGUCUUGGAGGAACUUAGGAAAUGGUCAAAAUUUUGGAGUAAGGAUUUUGAUUCACUGAAAUUUUCACUGAAUCACUUCACUAAAAAGAUUUAUUUGUGGAUUUGCUUAGUGACUCAUUCUCUUGGUUACAUCAUUACACCAGUAGGUGGCAACCAGUGAUUAAGUCAUAUGUACUAUAUGAUUCAUGCAAAUACUUCAAACAGCAUUUUUUUUUUUCAUCCAA